AUGCAUUAUUACGUGCAGACAUCAAUCGCACCCGUCCGUCGCAACUCUAUCCGGCAACACGGCUCGGCAAUUGACCGCGGGGAGGUCGCCAUCUUUGACCCGCGUCCGCUAAUUCAGUGGAGCUGGAACCGAGACGAUCGCGACCACGCUCGGGGAGGCACGGCGUCGAUUGCGGGAGGCGACGUCUUCGGAGGGUUUCGUAUUCCUUCCGAACAGAAUCCUUCCGAUCCGUGGCUUGCCUGGGACACUGGCAACGCCAGACAUCCACCAUGUAAGCAUCGUCUUGCUUCUGGGGACGAGGCCACUGUGAGCAUCAAAAUAAUGGAGCACCCGAGGAGCGCCCUACGCCGGACAGCCUGUGAUAUCUGCCGCCAACAGCGGCUGAAGUGUCUGCGCGAUGCGCAUCGGCCAAGCUGCCAGAGAUGCUCGCGACUAGGAAAGACAUGCGUCAUGGCGGAGGCCCGGCGUGCUGGUCGGCCCCGUAAACCUACGGAGACAUCGUCGUCGAGUACAACGGAGGCCCACGCAUCCCCGUGUGCCUCUGCCAUUGCCAGCAGCCCGGUACCUCAGACUCCUCCGCACCGUGGGCCGGAUGCACUCCCUACAGCCAGCUUUCCUACCAAGCUCCCAACACCAGACAUAAGCAAGAGUAUACCAAGUCCGUCAGACACUGAGCAGUUCAGCGAGUUCAGUGAUUUCUAUUUCUCCAACUUUUCGGGCAAUCGGAGCCUUCCUGCUCCCCCGCCGCCAGAAAAGUCCGUCUUUACCAACCUUGAUUCUCAUGAGUGCUUCAAAGAGCUGUCGCAAAUUAACAUUGAACUGCACGCGCUAUGGUCAGUCGUCCAAGCCAAGGGGCCAGCCAUGACGUUUAAGGACUUCAUUUGCGAUGGUCCGUCAUACUCUCAGGGCACAGGUGUCUCAAUGGCCGAGAGAACCGUGAUGGCGAGUCAGAGAUUUCAGGUCACUAUAUCCAAUGUUGGAUAUAUGUUGAGUAAAGAUCUCAAGCCCCAUCUUGACCAUGAUUUCGUCAAUAUGGAUGGUGGUGAGGGCUCGUUUGACGCCAACCUAAACUUGUUCGACACAUUGCCACUACUUGAGCGCGAGUCAACAACUGCGGCGGAUGCUUUCGAGAUAGUCAACGACACCGACAGGCCGCAUACUCUUGGCACACCACUUGUUCUUAUCAUCAUAAGCUGUUACGUGCAGCUGGUCAACAUAUUCUCGGAAUUGUUCUACUGCAUUCACGCCGAGCUAAGGCUGCUAAAGAGUGGACCAAUACCUUUCAUCGAGCACCUCAAGUUCAUCCAACUAGGUGGCCUUGGCAUAAUGGAUGGGAGAUUACAGGGUAUGCUGUUGUGCACACUGGUAACUCAUCUCCUGGAUCGCGUCGAAGGGACACUAGGUAUCUUGCCCGACACCCAGCGCCAGAUGACGGCACCCCUUCAACAGACGCUGCUGCAACUCCCUCAUCAUCGCGAACUGUUGGAGAAAGAGCUGGACAACAGCGGCUAUGCAGGCAGAGGCAAUCCCAAGAAGCUCAGAGAUACGGUCGAGAACCUGAAACAGAUCUUGUCAUCGGAUCCGUCAUGGUGA